AUGUACGGCGGCUUCAUCACACCACCCGACGAUGAUGGCGCUCAUUUUGGUGUUUUAUUUUGGCACAAGGAUGGCUUCUCUACUGCUUGCGGUCACGGAACGAUUGCUCUAGGCUUCUGGGCCGUUACAAAGGGCAUCGUCCAAACUCAAAAGGAUGACGGAGAGGUUGACGUUGUAAUCGAUGUUCCUUCCGGUCGAGUUGUUGCCAGGGUGGCUGUCAAGCAAAACGAGCCAGUACACGCGGACUUCGUCAACGUAGUAAGCUACCAGCUCGUCAAAGACUUGCCCGUGGAGGUCCCUUCCCGAAACAUGACCAUCCAUGUCGACCUUGCCUUCUCAGGGGCUGUCUACGCGACAUUAGAUGCCAGUCAAUUUGGUCUCACGGUUGAACCAAGUCGAUAUGAGGACUUCAUCAAGCUGGGGCGCGAGAUCAAGUCCUCGAUUGGUCAGAGAGCCAACCAUGGUGUUUAUGACUUGUACGGUGUCAUUUUCUACAACGAAGAAGGGGACAUGAAAAACGAGAUGCAGGGGGUGAAGCAGCGAAGUGUGACCAUCUUUGCCGAUGGUCAACUUGACCGCAGCCCUUGUGGCUCUGGGACGGGUGCGAGGCUUUCCGUUCUUCUUGCCGAGGGCAGAUUGGCUCAUGGGCGCUCAAAGCUUUUGCACCAAUCAAUCAUUUCAACGUCAUUUCAGGGAGACAUCGUAUCAGAGGAACAGAGUCCAGUCGAGGGUUUUCCUGCUUGCAUUCCUCGGGUUCGGGGAAGUGCCAAUUUGGUCGGUCGCAUGAGCUUCUUCAUCGAUCCUUCCGAUCCCAUCUUUCCGGGAUUUCUUCUGAGAUAG